AUGGCGGUCCUUCCGCAGUCGCUACUUGAGGCAGUCACCUCAAUGUCCAUGCUCCGAUGUGCCGCUUUACUCUUCGUCGUGCUCCCUCUUUGCUACACCGGUAUUCGAGUGGUCCGCUCACCACUGCGGCGCGUGCCAGGACCGCCUGUCUCCAUCAUCACGUCUGCUGUUUUGCGAUGGCACGAGCUUCGCUGUGGCCGCACCCGUUAUGUGCACGCGCUCCACCAGCGUUAUGGUCCUGUGGUGCGUCUGGCUCCGGAUGAAGUCUCAUUUGCCUCAGCAGCGGCUGUCAAGGAGAUCUACAACUCGGCCGGCAGCGGCUACGAUAAGACCGACUUCUACGACCUCUUCACGGUGUACGGGCGGCGCACCAUGUUCACCACACUGGACAAAGAGACGCACGCUCGUCGUCGCCGGAUCCUGGCUGACCGAUACGCAAACAGCAACAUUAUGCGUGGCCCAGCACUGGCCGGCAUCGAGGAGCGGGCACAGCAUUUUACAGAGCUGUGCAAGAAUGCUGCUGGGGGUGUUCUGGAUAUUUACGAAUCUGACGCCGAUAUCAUGCGGGAAGUGACGUUUGACGACAGCAUUCAGAACCGACUGGUCAGCUUCUACAGUCCGUCCUUUUAUGCCAUCAUCAACCCCGUCCUCACUUGGUUUGCCAAGCCCCGAGAGACGCCGCUCGCCGACGAUUUUGUCCUCGAGACUGCCGCCAAAACUGACGCAGCCCACUUUACGCUGCUUGCUCGGAUGCACGAGAAGCAGCAGCCCAAUGCGCAAGGCUCCACAGACGAGGAAGCCAGGCUUGCCGCUGGCAGCUUCGACGCCCUCGACACAGCGGCCGAGAGUCUUGACCAUAUGGCGGCCGGGAUCGACACGACCGGCGAUGCUCUCUGCUUCUUGAUGUGGGAGCUGUCGACACCGCGGUCUCUCCACUUUCAAGAGCGGCUGCGCCGUGAGCUUGUCGAAAACGAAGCCAAGGGUGCCGACGCGCUUCCCUUUGACCGGCUACCAUUCUUAGACGCCGUUAUCAUGGAAGGCCUGCGGUGCUUCCCGGCCAUUCCCAUGUCACUACCGCGCGUCGUCCCAGGACAGACUUGGGGCCGGUCGGCAGCGCGCGGAGAGCAGCAAGCUGACGGACGCGUCAUUGAUGGUUUCUUUUUGCCUGCCGGCACCGUCGUCAGCAGCCAGGCCUACUCGGUCCACCGCAUGGAUGCCGCCGUUUUCCCGGACCCAGAUGCAUUCAACCCCGACCGCUGGCUGGUCUCUGACGGUGACGCAGAUCGCAAGCGGUCCUUCUUUGCCUUUGCCAGCGGCGGUCGCGGCUGCAUUGGCAAGCACCUCGCUCUCGUCGAAAUGAAGAUUCUUAUGCGCGGCAUCUACUCGCGCUUUGCCACAGCGCCCGAGACAUCCAUGACGCCCGAAGCCAUGGAGAUGUCGGACCAGCUGAUUUCGUCUCGGCCGCUCGCGCAAAGGUGCUUGUUGCAGUUUGUACCGCUUGCAGAGGUAUCCUAA